GAAUUAAACAUGUGUUGUUUAAUCGAUAUCCGGUUGCUAGACUCAACACGCGGCUCCAAAGACUUUGUUUUUAAAUCAUUUAAUAAUAAUUAAGCCACAAUGGCGACGUGUUAUGAAAAACAUCCAUUUGAAAUCGAAACAGAAGACCGGCUGACCACUAUAAACACGAAAAUAUUUGAAAUUAAAAAGAAGAUACAACUCUCAGAGGGGCAAAGGAAGUCACACUACGAAGAGAAUGAAGCUGAGAAACAACAGAACAACGAUCUGAUAGAUACGCUGAAGAAAGAAAUAAAACUGAGAUUGGCCGAACUCGCAGAGGCGAGGGCCGUGAUUGGUGAAGAAGAGAUCCAGGUCAAAAAGUAUUUGAACAACGUAUGCCCUAUCGGCAACAAGAAUGCUGACCAGAUAAUCCACAACCUUGAUUUAAAAGUGAUAGAGCAGCGGAAAAUGCUGGACCUGUUGAAAUACGAAAGGCGCAGUAAAAAGAAAAAGUUAACUGAAUUAGAAAGAGAAUACGAAUGUUUGCUCAUAGAAAGUACCAAAAGUGAUCUCGUCAAAUCGAAGAUCACAAGCAGAGCUCGGAAGCACGUGUCACAUUUGGAGAACGAAAUUCAUAAAGUGUUGAUACAGUGGACAGAAGCGGAAUUAGUCAAGAAAAAAUAUUUCUCUAUCAGACAAGCUCUAAUAGACGAUUCAGUGAAGUUUGAAAGCUCACUGUCUCGGAUCGAAGAACUAUUAAAAAAACAGAAAGAAGAAAUUAUGAAACUCGAGCACGUUCGUGAAGAGGCGGCGGAUAUGCGCGUGCGUGCGACAGCAGCGACGGCGGCGGAGGCGGCGCGCGCGCACGACGCGGAGCAUGCGCGCGCCUCCGAGCGGGCGUACUUCUCGCAACGGUUUACAGAGAGGAAAAGGGAACUGGAAAAGUUAGAAAAGAGGGUGUUUCCUCCACAGACAAGAUCCGUAGUCCGUCAAGAAUCGACAGGAUCAGUGGAAGCAGAAGCGGUCGUCGAAGAAACCUCAGCCGCGGCGCAAAUGGAAGAAGUAUUCCAAAGACUUAUGAAACUUACAGGAGUUACAGAACCAGAGGAGGUGUUCGACAGAUUCCGCGCCCAGCGCGAGACGUGCAAGCGACUCAACUACCUGCAGCAAACAACGGAAGAAGAGAAACUCGAUCUAGAACAAAAACAAACCACCCUCAUGGCUGAGCUGGAGGCGUUCAAAUUCGCUUCCGUUAAGGAUAAAGAUGAAGGACAAGACCAAAUAAAUGAGCUUAAAGAAGAAAUUCAAAAGGAAGAAGUAAUACACGAAGAAGUAGCAAAGAAGAUAGAAGAACUCGAAAACUUUCUAUUAGAUAUCAAACAACUGCUGUACGAUUUGUGCAAGCUUCUAGAUAUAAUACCAGAUCCCAGCAUGCCCGAAUGGACAGCGGAGGCACGCGACGUGCAGGAACUGGUGAUGGUCCUCACCACGAGGUAUGAGAAGGCGCGGGUGCGGGCCGACGAUGUCAAGGAGCGAAACAAAGAUGUCACUACUAUCAUCGUACCAUCUAAUCCAACAAGUGCCGCUGCUUCGGUGGCCGGUAUCAGCGUCCACAGCCAAAGCACCCCUAAAGAAUCUGAAAAACCACUCCCUACAUACAAGGAAUUGGUACUAAAGGAACCAGUGAAGGCACCACCGUCGGACGAAGAGGAAGACAUACCAUCGCGAUGCUACCUGAAGCGGCAAGCGCAAUUGAUAGUGGACACCAAGUGCAGAAGAAAAGGAUAUAGAGCAUACCCGAGAAGAUAAAAAAAAAUCAUUUCCAUUCCAAAUUAAACAAAAAACAAGCACCGAAACAAUAUGUUAUUGAGAGGAUUGUGUUUAAUUAUAGGAUAAAAAAAAAACAACUAGUUAUAGGAAAAGGAAUUCUGUGAAUAGAAUUUUAAAAUAUAUUACCAAUGUAAUAUAAUGAA